UAUUUAAUUUGAAAUGUAAAAAAUGAAUAUCUAAAUUAUACCCGAAACGGCUUCGUAUUUAUUAUUUCAUUCCACCGUAACAUUGGCCUGGUCGGUGUACAAUUUUGAAAUUUGUUCCCCGGAUGUCGCACCGUCCAACUGAGACGCUUGACGACACGCGCAGACCUCCAGGCAGACGCGGCGGCGACAAUCACGAACUCAGAACGCGCGGCACGGCCACGGACGUCUGUGAAGUCAGUGUCCCGCUGUUUACCUGAACGUAGCCAACCCCGCGCGCUCUCUCGGACAUAACCGAUACACGGACACGCGCAGCGGAGAGGCGGAAAAUUAUGGCGACGUUGGGACCGGAGUCGGCUCGCCCCCCUCUGGGUUCUUCUCCGUUAGUCCAGGCUCACAUCGGCAGCGCCAACCUGCCUCCCAACCGGGGCUUGGAGCGGGCGCUGGAGGAGGCGGCGGCCAGCGGCGUCCUCAACCUCAGCUGCCGAAAACUGAAGGAGUUUCCCCGGACAGCAGCCAACCACGACCUGUCGGACACGGUGGAAGCAGACCUGUCAAAAAACCGACUAACCGACGUCCCCUCAGAGGUAUGCCAUCUGGUUGCCUUGGAAACACUAAACUUGUACCACAACUGCAUCAGGUCCAUCCCAGACAGCAUCAUCAGCCUGCAGUCGCUCACCUCCUUAAACCUCAGUCGUAACCAGCUGGGCUACCUGCCGGCCUGCCUGUGUGGUUUACCUCUGAGAGUCCUCAACGCCAGCAACAACAAGCUGGUCAGCCUGCCCGAGACCAUUGGACAACUGCAGAGGCUCAUGGAGCUGGACAUCAGCUGCAACGAGAUCACAGCUCUUCCUCGUCACAUCGGCAGACUCAAAGCUCUGCGCGAGCUAAACGUGCGCCGAAACCUUCUCUGUGUCCUGCCAGAAGACUUGGCUGAUCUUCCUCUGGUGAAGUUCGAUUUCUCCUGUAACAAAGUGUCCACCAUCCCAGUGUGUUACAGGAAGAUGAAACAGCUCCAGACUCUCCAGUUAGAAAACAAUCCACUGCAGAGUCCACCCGCACAGAUCUGUAUAAAGGGCAAAGUUCACAUAUUCAAGUAUCUGAGCAUUGAGGCGUGUCGCAGCGAGAAGAUGCCUGACUCUCUCUACCUGCCUGUCAUGGGGCGAAUCAACUUAUCAAGGCCCACCACUGGCAGUGUGGAAGACAUGGAGCAGCAGAAGAAGCAGGACAGUGACUCAGGAGUCGGCAGCGACAACGGAGACAAGAGACUGUCUGCUACUGAGCCGUCAGAUGAAGACAGUCUGAGCCUUAAUGUGCCAAUGAGUCACAUCACAGAGGAGGGAAUCGGCAAAGACGACUCGAGUGAACACAUCAGCUCUCUGACAGCAGACCCAAACUCUGACUCGGUGCAGCUGAUUGAGGAGAGCCCUACGGAAGCCCUGAGAGACCAGAACAGAGACUCUUCUCUUAGCACUCGCUUCAUCAACUACAUCAAGGGUAGGACGGCAGCAGACUUCGACGAGCCCCUCAGGAUAGAAGAAGACUCUCACUGGUCAACACAACAAACGUCAAAAGUCACAGGGGGCACAGAGCUCCACAUCGACAUGAUCAACCAGCUAAAAGAGGCUGUGGAACUGCUGCAGGACCCCAGCAGGGUGAACACAGAGGAAGAUUUGUCUGGAGUCCAGCUCUAUCCAGUGGAGAUGGUCACAGUGGACGAGUCACUCAACGGGCAGGACAGUGAUGACGGCGCCACAUCACCAAAGCAGCACAUGGAUGAAGGUGGCUGUGAGUUCCAGAAGAAGAGACAGAUGAUUCUAGAAAAGGCCAGGUUUGAAGCCCAGCUUGCGUGCCGGGAGUAUGAGUGGCAUAUGUCGAUCAAGCGAAAUGACAGAUCUCCAGUGAGCGGACCUCCAUCCUUCUCCAGCCCACCCUUUGGACUGAAACCUCGUUCGGCUCCACCCUCGCUGCCCUGCUCGCCCCCGCCUUCCUGUCUCGACCCCUCCCUCCUCCCACAGGCCUCGCCCCUCCAUAGAGAUACACCUCGUAGCCAUGACGACGGAGGCAAUCACAACCGGGUGUUCCUGCGGAGCCACAAGAGCCUGGAGUCUGUGGAUCCUCAGUUCACCAUGAGAAGAAAGAUGGAGCAGCUGCGGGAGGAACUGGAGCUCAUGGAGCAGCUGAGAGAUAGCAUCGAGAGCAGACUGAAGGUCGUCCUUCCUGAAGACCUUGGUUCGUCUCUGAUGGACGGCGUCGUGCUCUGCCAUCUGGCCAAUCACAUUCGCCCACGCUCUGUCGCCAGCAUCCACGUCCCCUCACCUGCAGUGCCCAAACUCAGCAUGGCCAAGUGUCGGAGGAAUGUGGAGAACUUUCUGGAUGCCUGUAGAAAAAUAGGCGUACCAGAGUCGUCCCUCUGCUCACCUUAUGACAUCAUCCAGUGCCGCCUGCAGCCGGUUCGCACCACGGUUCGGGCGCUGGUUGCCUUGGAUCCAGACAGGAAACGGGAGGAGGCAAUCUCAGCUGCAAACCCCACUUCCCCUGGGGCAUCAGAGACUCCCUUAUUAGUUUCUGUAACCACUCAAACUCCGCCUCCUGCCUGGCAGAUCUGGGACCUUAUUGGUUCGAGCUUAGUUCACAUCCUCUGCCUUGUUCUGCUCUUCGUGGCCUAUAGUUGGACCGAGCUGACGUAACCGUGACACCUGCAAGCUCUGCCUUCUUUCUGCCCAGGCUCCUCCUCCUUAUUUCUGCUGAAUUUGUGUCACACGGGUGGGAAAAAUUUCAUUUGGCUCUAAUCACUCAUCUGUUAUUAUUUGGUCAGUGUUGCAGUAAUUAAGUGUUAAAUUGCAUUCUGUGUGGUGCUAAAAUAAGAAAGAGGAAUACUUCCCAUAAACAUAGUGGUCGAUGCAAUGAGUCUUUUUUUGGAGUCACUGAUGGUCAGCCAGUCACCAAAUGUAACCAUGGCGAUCUGUCAAACAACAAGCUCAAAUAAACACAUAACAAUCUAAUUUCCUCACAUAGAAUCUAUAAUAUUUCUAUUAUUUUUAAUGAGCACCAUCCCAUGUGACACAAAUGCAGCAUCAGCAUGAGUGGAUGCCUCUUCUUUUAUCCUCCUUUUAUCCUUCUAUGACGUCUUUGCAAUAAACUGACACAUAACAAAAGCAGGGCAUGCAGAGUAAUAGGUUAUCUGAAGUCAAUGAUGUCUUAUCAACAUGUUGGCCAGCAGAGAUAAUCACAUCUGUGCAGGACCGAGGGCUUAUUGCUUUUCUCUGGGUCACGUCAGUCUGGGGUCUGAAACGGUUGAAUUUCACUGAAAUUUCUUGCAGAGGGAGUGAAUAUGCCAGUAUUUGUACCACUUCCAUAGCAGUGAUCAGAUUUUAAUUUUGGAUUAGUGGGCAGUAUUUUGCAGCCUUUUGGAGGUCUAGUGGUGAACUGACUGGAAAAGAAGCUCUGAAAUAUUGUCUGAAAAUAUUUAAAAGGUGUGAUCAAAGAGUUCUGGAAAGAUCACUAUAAAAAUCCUAAACCAUGCUGCAUUUAAAUUUGGCCCCCUCUUCACUUUCAACCUUAUCGUCUAUUCUUAGACAAUUGCUAUUUAUAGGUUUCUCCCUGAAAGUCCUCUUAGGACCAUUUGCUCUGUAAAUACAUUCACCACAGUUUUCAGACCAGUGAGAGCCCACAUUACAAUCUGUUUCAAACUUUCAAACCUUAUUGCUGGUGAUGACAUUUAAUGCUCUGACUAGAACUGAGCACUUCAGUUUAAGUCCACAGUUCCAAGGUCCAGAGGAGGCACUUCAGGUUUGAAGAGUGACGAGGAACAUGCUGCAUUUUUUUCUGAAUUGUUCACAUUGUUGAGCUUCAUGUAUUCAUACCCCAGAAUCAAAUACUGAAACUUUCUGGGGCAUUGAAGGGAGACUAUAUGGUGGAACCAGCCUUAUUUUGUAGUGUGUACUAGCUAAAUGCAGGAGUUCUUUGUCCACAGAAAGACUACCUUCACUUUGGUUUUCCUUAAUGCAGCUUGUCCACUUGUCUUAAAAAAAAAAGAGAGAGAGAGAGACUAAAUAUAUCAGUGGACGAUCAGUCUUUGAACGCACUGGAGGAGAUCCAGCACCCAUUAGUGCAAGUGCACAGGGACAGAACAGGACUUCAGGGAAGGAGUCUAAAAAUAGUCUGUACUGUGAAAGCGGUCCAGAGGUGCACAAGAAGAUGAACUUGAAGUGGGGCCAAACUUAAAAUGGGAGUGCUUUUUCUUUUUACAUCUUUUACAUAACGGGCG